AUGAAGUACAUUCACACAGAGGAGACCCUGGAGAUCCCGGACGGAGUCAAGGUCUCCAUCAAGUCCCGGAUUGUCACCGUCGAGGGCCCCCGAGGCAAGCUCGUCAAGAACCUGAACCACCUGGCCGUCAACUUCUCCGUCCCCAAGAAGAACGUCAUCGCCAUUGAGAUCCACCAUGGCAGCAGGAAGAACGUCGCCACCCUGCGCACCGUCCGCUCCCUCAUCAACAACCUGAUCGUCGGUGUCACCAAGGGCUUCAAGUACAAGAUGCGAUACGUCUACGCCCAUUUCCCCAUCAACGUCAACAUCGAGAAGAACUCGGAGGGCGUCUACGAGGUCGAGAUCCGAAACUUCAUCGGCGAGAAGAUUGUCCGGAGGGUCGUUAUGCAGAGCGGUGUCGAGGUCGAGAUCUCCAAGGCCCAGAAGGACGAGCUGGUCCUGUCCGGCAACUCCCUCGAGGGUGUUUCCCAGAGCGCUGCCGACAUCCAGCAGAUCUGCAGAGUGCGAAACAAGGAUAUCCGAAAGUUCUUGGACGGUCUGUACGUCUCGGAGAAGGGCAACGUCGUUGAGGAGUCUUGA